AUGGUGUCCAGCCUGCUCUUCUUGCUUUCGGCGGUGUCCGCGCAAGAUUUCGCCCCGUUGGCCCCGCUUCCUGGCAAGGGCGAUCUUCCGAGCGCAAGCCUCAGCUCGAGCGUCAAUGAUUUUGAGGCAGCAGCGCGGCAGGACGUGGAUGCGCAUGAGGGCCGGCAUCUGGUAUUGUUGGGUGCAGUGCUCGCUGCAACCUGCAUCUUUUCUGGCGUGAUCCUCGGGUUCCUGCUGCUCGCGUCCGUGGCCGGGCUGGCGAUGCCAUUGAUGGGAGCGCUCCCAUCGACAUCUGCUGCCCUCUUCGCGAUGCAGGUCCUGGCAGCUGUCGGGUUUGCAGAAGCACCGCCUGCUCUUAAGGACCUUGGUGUCCCACUUGGUUGGAUGGCUCCGCGGCCUGACUCCGUGUUGGUCGGCUGCAUUCUUGUGCUCGCUUUCGUGUGGCUGGCGAGGCGGACUGCUGUACGGCUUCACCGGAAGAAUCUCGGACCGCGAGGUGUAGCACAGUUGCCCCAUGGCUUGUCACCGGGCUCCUGGGAGCUUCGUGCCUUGGGGCUCGUAGCUUUCCCUCUGGCGGCUGCGAGCACACAAUUGGUGGCAAGCCUGGAUCAAGCAGACUCAGCCGUGGCGGGCCUGGUAGUGUCCUCGGUCAUCCUUUGCUUCCUGGCGAACCAAGCGGCCCUUGCUUUCUGCUUCGUGCGACGGGUGCUGGAUGAGGGUACGGUCAAGCGCACGCUGCUGCCAGAGCUGGGUCGAGGUUCGGGCGGCCAUGAAGUCUUCAUCGACAAGCUCUGCGACGAGCUCCGGGCCCUGCCCCUUAGCGCCUCGCCACCAGGCCAGGCCAUGUCCGAUUGGUUAGGGACAUCUGGCUGGUGUGUGGCACCACCGGUGGCUUUGAUCGAAGAGACGGAGUGGUCGGACGAGGCGCACGACACCUUUCGCGAGAGGAUGGCGCAUGCCAGCCCUGUAUCGGAAGAUGGCACAUGGCAAAAAGUUCCGGACUCCCUGGAUGACGAACUCCAAGACCAGCCCUUGUUGGAGGCGAAAUCUCAGGCGGCCGUGAGCGAUGUGCCGACAAGUCUCCCCGAACCUCAGGUUCUCUUCCGCGGUGGAGCGAGUGUGGUCAAAGAAUUCCACCCGCUCACCGUGAAAUCCACAGUCUGCUUCGAUGGGCCGGCGAGGGAGGCAUGUGCAGGAGUGGCCUGCCUCCCGUGGCUUGACUGUGCCGUGCCCUCCAGCGCGCUGCAAAGGGUGGAAGAUGUGUCGGGCUCCGUCACUCUGCGGGUGCAUCCUUCGCAGCUCGCCGGGAAGUUGUCCUCUGGGCAUUACGCUGCUUGCUUUGACUGGGGAACCAAGUCGCCUUGGCGCUGGCCCCUGGACCUGGCAGCGCAGGUUCUGCUGGGCUUGUGGGUUGGACUGCAGCGGUCCGGCCGCCAGGUCCUGCCAGCUGCAGGCCAGAUCGUCGUGGAUGCGAUUACGCUCGCAGUCCUUGCUGGUCUGGUCCUCUGCUUCUUCAAGGUUUCAGCGUGGGAGCACUGGAUCGACAACCUUGCGCUGCGCUCUGCCUACUUGAUGGUGCUGGAGGUGGUGUCCCUGAAAGUCAUGUGGGACCCGCUUGGAAGGCACGCGCUUGAGGUCCCGGCGGCGGUGCUCGCCGCCGGGUUGGUACUGGUGCCCGUCUCCAUUUCGCUGCUCUCCGGUGUUUGUCUGGUGGGCGUUGCUUUAGGGCGGCUGGAGACGCAGGGCUUGUGGCAGGAUCGGAUGCUGCAGAUGUCUGUGGCAGGCUGGGCCGACGCCACCAGAGAGAGCGAGGAGCGCAACUUUUCCGGCUUCUGCGACGUGCAGCGCUUCCCCCGAGGCAGUUCACGGGACGUGGAGGUCGUGCUGCCGGGCUCGAGAAAGGCUUUCGCAAUCUUGCUGCCGGGGCGGUCGCGCCUCAGGAUCCAGCACCUCCAGCUUCUGCCACCCGCAAUGCGCGGCGCUGAAGUUCGGGUGCUGCACGGCGCAGAUGGUUCAGAUCGCCCGCGCCUGCCACUACCCCCUUGGUUCCUCUUCGCACCGGAGGGCAAAGGGGCCUUCAGUCUAGAAGCUGAGGCCUCUCCGGCGCCGCCCGGCGUGGUCCCCCUGGCUGCGCUCCUGUCGCCAGGCCAUCCUGGGAUGCUCAUCUACGCCGAGGCUUCUCACAACAGAGAAGAUGCAGACUGGCGGCAGGCCGUGCUGGGCUUCUUCCGCGACGAGGGAGGUGCUCUGGCUGAGGAGGCGCUGCGCCACAUCGCUGCGGCACAGGAGCACUCCGAUUUGCAUCCGUGCUUGGUGGUGGUGGAGGUCCUGCCAUCCUUGGCUUCCGAAUUCAUGGACGACAGAUGCCAAGUGCCGGACGAUGUUUGA